CUGAGAUCAUUUCAUCCAGGAAGCUCCUCAUUUGCUUGCCAGGCACCGAAUCCACACCUUUAAAGUGGCAGUGCCUACAUGCUGCUAUACUGCUAUAUUUUGUUUCUGUUACUCUUCCCUCAGGACAAAAAUCUUACACCGUCACACAAUGUAUUUGUUUGAUAUUCAUUGGAGCCGGAGAGACAUAAAGGCAGUGAACCUGGAGAAGUGAAUUAAAGACAGGAAGAACAUCGUUCAUCCUGGAGUUUCCUAGCACCUUUUUCAAAGUGACCUUAACUUGCUUUUUGUGUCAGAGCUACCUGGACUCCCUAGUUUGCACUACAGAAGCUUAUGAUCUACAGUUGCCAGAGACGGAAACACAUACCUUUAGGGUAUCAUCCACAUUAAGCGCAACAGCUCUUUUCUGCUCGCUCUAAAAUGCUGAGGUACUGGGGAGAGAUACCAAUACCGUCAGGACAGACCAACAGAAGCUCCUUUGACCUGCUCCCACGGGAGUUCCGUCUGGUGGAAGUCCAUGACCCACCCCUGCACCAGCCCUCGGCCUCCAAGCCGAAGCCCCCCACCAUGCUGGACAUUCCCUCAGAGCCCUGCAGCCUCACCAUCCACACCAUUCAGUUGAUCCAGCACAACCGACGCCUGCGCAACCUGAUUGUCACAGCUCAGACCCAGAGUCAGCAACAGACAGAGGGUGUGAAGUCUGAAGAGAGUGAACCUCUUCCCUCCUGCCCUGGCUCACCUCCUCUCCCUGAUGACCUCCAGCCUUUGGAUUGUAAAAAUCCCAAUGCUCCAUUCCAGAUCCGGCACAGUGACCCAGAGAGUGACUUCUACCGUGGGAAAGGGGAAGCUGUGAUGGAGCUGAGCUGGCACUCCUGUCGGCAGCUCCUCUACCAAGCAGUCGCCACAAUCCUGGCUCACGCAGGCUUUGAGUGUGCCAAUGAAAGUGUCCUGGAGACCCUGACUGACGUAGCGCAUGAAUACUGCCUCAAGUUCACCAGGCUGUUGCGCUGUGCCGUCGAUCGGGAGGCCCUACUGGGACACACCCCUUUCCCCGAUGUCAUGGAGCAGGUGUUUCACGAGGUGGGCAUCGGCAGUGUGCUCUCCCUGCAGAAGUUCUGGCAGCACCGCAUCAAGGACUACCACACUUACAUGCUGCAGAUUAGUAAGCAGCUCUCUGAAGAAUAUGAAAGGAUUGUAAAUCCCGAGAAGGCCACAGAAGACACUAAACCUGUGAAGAUCAAGGAGGAGCCUGUGAGUGACAUCACAUUUCCUGUCAGCGAGGAGUUGGAAGCGGACCUUGCUUCUGGAGACCAAUCCUUACCCAUUGGGGUCCUCGGGGCUCAGAGUGAGCGCUUCCCAUCCAACCUGGAGGUAGAGGCUUCGCCGCAGGCUUCAAGUGCAGAGGUAAACGCUUCUCCUCUCUGGAACCUGGCUCAUGUGAAAAUGGAGCCUCAGGAAAGUGAGGAAGGCAAUGUGUCUGCGCAUGGGGUGUUGGGCAGUGAUGUCUUCGAGGAGCCAAUGUCAGGCAUGAGUGAAGCUGGAAUCCCUCAGAGCCCUGACGACUCAGACAGCAGCUAUGGUUCCCACUCCACUGACAGCCUCAUGGGCUCAUCCCCUGUUUUCAAUCAGCGCUGCAAGAAGAGGAUGAGGAAGAUUUAACUGCAGGGGGACGCUUUGCAGACCUGCAGCAGCCAGCAGAGAGCCCUGGUGGCUGGGCUCCUUCCAGGAGUAAUUAGAGUCUGUUCUUAAGUGUCAGCCUUUCCUAAUUUCAGAGACAGUUCUUAACCUAAACAGUUCACUUUGGCAUCGUUUUUGUACUUUUUCAGAACAGCUAAGCCACUGCUCACAGAUGGACUGUGAUACUGGCCUGGUAAUCAGACCAAAGUACUGUCCUCGGCUGGUUUUAGUGUGAGACAACUUACAUCUCAGCUCCUCCCAGCCACGUCUCUGGCACACUUGGGAGGAAUCAUGCCACUUUGAUGCUCCGUGCAGAGUGGGACACUGAGGUGCUUUGCUUAAACUUCAAAGCUUGCAUAUAUUCAAGAAAAUAUGCUGUUAUAGAAGUCAGGGAUUCAGUCAUUGAUUUUUGUGCCGUCGUUGGGGGUCCAGUAGUAAGAUAAGACAGUAGCUAAACCUAACCAAGCUCAUCAGUCAGAUUUCAAAACUAUUUUUGCUACUCAAGCCUCUUACAAAACGAGAGCCUGGUGACAGCCAUUAUCCUUAAGCAGCUGUCCCCUCAGCUCUUCCUUUUCUAGAUUAUUCCGCCUUGUUUUUCCUUUCAUAUGCUCUUAUGCUGACACAGACUUGUUAAGUAUUUUGCACCAUGCACAUUUCCCACUGUUCCUUUUCUCCUUGUGAAGGCGGCACAGGUCCCGCCACAGCUGCGGGUUGGGUGGGCAGUAUCCGGCUUUGCUUUCAGGUGUUUGUUUUUGUUUUGUUUAAAAGGACAUUUGAGGAGCCAGAGAGAUGGCUCAGUGGGUAAAACCACUUGCAAUUUAAGUUUGAUCCUGGGAACACACAUGGUGUAAGGAGUCAACUCCUCACAUGUCAUGCUACAUGCAUGGGCACACAGAAAAAUAAAUUAUUUUUGAAAAAAGUCA